AUGCCCGAAGAAAUCGGCGCCACAAACCAGCAAUACUCCACAGCCGUAUCCCUCUUCGUAAAUUACGUGCCCGUCAAGGUCCCAGCCUCCGUCACGACAGUAGCCAAUGGUCUAAUUCGGAAUGUCGGCGGCCUGUGCGCCUGUCGUUUGGUCCUUGGCGCUUGCGAAGGCGGUUUAUUCCCUUCUCUCAACAUGUACCUAACUAUGGUAUAUGAACGAGACGAGAUCGCGAAGCGCACGUCCUACCUCGUCUCGUGCAUGGCAUUAUCCGGUGCCUUUGGGGGCCUGUUGGCGUACGGGUUGUUACAAAUGGACGGCGUUGGUGGAUACGCUGGCUGGAGAUGGGUGUAUCUCAUCAAGGGGGCGUUUAGUAUCACAUGCGCCUUUGCUGUAUGGUUCGGAUUGCCUAGCGAUGUCCGCAAAGCAUACUUCCUCAGUGAUGAGGAGCGAGUCAUCAUGGACAUGCGGCACCAGGAGAGAUUGGACUAG